AUGGCAACUGUAUCGAUGCCUAGACAGCCCUUUGGCGUGCUCGACAGUCCCCGUCUGGCCCAUCUAUCCGGUAUCAAGAAUCGUCAGAAUGGCAUGAUCAAAACUCCCAGUCCAUUGUCUGGCAAGGCAAAGAUGCUUGUUCCGACCUCAUCACCCAGUCUAAAGCCUUCUGCGAAACGUCGCGUCACUCCCUCCUUCGACGACUUUGAUGGACAGAACGACGAUGCCGAAAAUGUAAACCCAAACAUGUUCCUGUCGCCCAUGAAGCGCACCAAGUUGGACUUGCCCUCGACAUCACUCAAGCCCAAAGGCCUCAGCACCUUGCCAUCCUCGUUCAACUUCACAUUCAACCCUACCAAGACGACACCUACAACUUCAAUGCCUCCUCCAGCCACCGUGCCCUCCCGUCUGUCCACUCCAAUGAAGUACGCUGGUGUGACCAAGCCUUCUGCAAGAACACCGUCCACUGCCCCUGCUGGAAGAUCUCCCAAAUCAAAACGCGACAAGGGUCGCAGACUCAGCGCUCACACUCCCAUCACUCGCAUUGACUCUUCCUUGCUUUCUCGAUCAUCUGCCCGUACCGGACUGCCGUUUAGCAUUGAUGCUGCCCUUACCGCCUCAUUGAAGUCCACUGCCCCUGCUGCUGUACCUCUGCCGAAGCCUGCGUCUUCUAUCGAAGAGUCCAUGCCCAGCUCAUGGUUCUUUGCCAUCCACGAAGACACUGCCGACGAGGAAGCCGAGAACCUUAUGGAGCACUCCACCCUGACUUUGGACCUUUCUUCGGAUGAUGAAUCUGCCGCAAAGGCCAACGAGGACCGAGGCAAAGAGAAUGUCGCCCCUGCAGACUACGAUCCUGUCGCUUCUUCAUCGUCCUCUCCUCGUUCAUCUCGCCGUUCGCUCAAGUCAGCAGCGGACAUGGAAACUGAUGAGGCCGCACGUGCGCCUCUCGGCUCACUCGACACCACCGAAUUCAUUCCUGAAGGCUUGACGAAGGACUCGAUCGUUGUCAUCAACGAACUACCAGAGACAUGCACUCUCGAGUCACCCAUCGAGAAGCAGAAACUCGAGUGCAACCCACCCAUAGUCAUCUCCCCACCCAAGAAGACAUGCAUUGCAGAUCUCAAGGAUGAUAUCUUCAUCUUCGAAGACGAGUCCGCCAGCCCUGCCUUGUCUACUGGUGGAAAGCGCAAGAGAAGCGCCGAUGACGACGAGGACGAGUGA